AAAUGGAUAUUUUGAGAAAUACCGGUCUGUGGCAUCUAUAUCUUUUAAAUUGGAACAAUUUGUUACUGCUGCAAUACGUCUUGCUGAGGAGAAGAAGGAGAGUGACUCAUCGCCGGUGGUGGGUUCGGCCGGUAAAUCGGGUGAGAGACGCCCAAGGUUUCUACUGUAAUCUCGUCAGGGAACUUAUUGAUACUGAUCACAAAGAAUUUUUUGGGUUGUUCCGAAUGUCGCCUGAUCAGUUUCAUCUUUUGGUUGACCUCCUUCACCCUCGUCUUAAAAAGCGAAGUAAUCGCACACCACUACCAACAGACCUUCGUGUUGCCGUCACAUUGCUGUACUUGGCUCAAGGAAAUACAGCCAAACUGAAACAUGCUGAAUUUAGGAUUGGGACAUUCACGGUGUACAAAGUCAUACACGAAACUUGCAGAGAGAUUUGGAGCGUACUUCAGCCUUAUGUUCUGAAAGUUCCCAGCAAGGAAGACUGGAAGACAAUUAGUGAUGGUUUUAUGACAUCCUGGCAGUUUCCCAACUGCCUAGGGGCCAUCGAUGGUAGACAUAUGAGGAUUCAAGCACCCAGAAAUUCAGGAUCGAAUUUCUUUAAUUAUAAACAGUUCUUCAGUAUGGUUAUGAUGGCAACGUGUGAUGCACAGUACAAGUUUACAUGGGUGGAUGUCGGACAGUUUGGACCGCGGGGACAGAAGCAUUAACAAUUCAGCCGUCCUACGGCACACACAUUUUUGGCCAGCCGUCUUACGGCAUACAAGCAUCGUCAAGUAGUCGGAGAGGACACACCUCUCAACAGAAGCAUUCGCAAGUCAGCCGUCUUACGGCAAACACACGUUUUGGACAGCUGCCGUGCGGCACACACAUAUUCUAAGAGCCGUCUUACGGCACGCUUUCGCCGGGCAGAACGCGUCUCGAAAUCGCCCUUGCCGCCUUGCUCAACCGGGAGUGCGCACGUCUCCAACUGCCUUUUCCUGCCUGCUCUAUCGCUUGUUUUCCACCGUUUUGCUUGCUUGCACGAGUUUUGCCACCGCAUGCCGAAAGAGACCCACGGAGCGGCCAAGUUCAAGGGACAGGACGAGGAUUGACGGAAUCACGGGGACGACGGCCGACACGGUGAGUCGCUUCGCUUAAUAUUUCGUUGCAUGCGUUUCUGCUUUCGCGUUAAACAUUUGAUAGUCGUGAGGGGAAAGCGACAACCCCCCUCUGGUCCUUCGAGUAUCGCAAAUCUUGCCUCCGGGGCGAAACU